AUGAAGGGUGUCUUGGCAUGCAGCCUUUGGGCUUGUGUCUUUCUCCUCCUUCCUGAAGAUAGCUUGCAGGGCUUCUACAAAAGCUCCACUCCUCGUCCCAUUCCAGGCCCCGGUCCCAGUACCAGUUCCAGUCCCAGUCCCGUUCCCACUCCCCGUCCCACUCCCCGUCCCACUCCCAGUCCCAGUCCCGUUCCCACUCCCAGUCCCACUCCCCGUCCCACUCCUAGUUGCCCGCCCGCUCCCCCCAGCUUAUCUCUGACGACCGCAACUUGUGGACAGUCGAGUGCCAUCUCGACGAGGCGAACCUGGCUUUAUCGGUUGUGGAACGGAUUCCUGGAGACCUUCUUGGGUGACCUGGGCCUUAGCAGACAGGAAGGAGGCCUGAUCAUCAACGGGGCCCCGGCCACCAUCACGGAAGCCCCCUUCAUGGCCUACAUCGAAGCUUCUUACCCCGACGGCAACGGUACAGCUUGCAGUGCCUCUAUCAUCAGCGAGACGUGGAUCCUCACUGCUGCGCACUGCGUCCGCGAUCCAAACAACAUUACCGCCUCUACUGUGACGGUCAGGGUGGGAAGUGCAGAUUGGAUGGCUGGAGAGUUCCACGAUUUCAGUGGUGGAGCCUUUGAUGGAGAUUUCAUCUCUAUUCACCCUGAGAACGGUCACGACUUCGCUCUCGUGCGCUUAUCGACGCCUCUGACCUUCAGCCCGAGCAUCCAACCGAUCUGCUUCCCCACCACCGACAACGUCCUGGGCACGGCCAUCACCGCCUGCGACCAGAAGGUCUACGGCUGGGGGGCACUCGACGUCGAUAGCCAGCACUUCACACAAUUCCUGCAAAAAUUGGACGUGACUGUGAUGGCGGACGUCAGCCCUUGUGGUUCAACUCGCACCGAUGAGACAGUCAUUUGUGCUAAGGGAGACGUCUCAAACAGCGGAAUCUGUCACGGAGACAGUGGCGGACCCCUGGUGGUGAGAUAUGGUGGUCGAGCCUAUGUCACCGGAGUGACCUCGUACGUCUACACCCCAGGCUGCGGCUCUUUCAUCUCUGGCUAUACCAGAACUUCCAAAUAUAGCUCUUCAGUCCAAAGUAUUGUACAGACGUCUGGAUGAAUCACCACCCGUUUGUCGGCCUUAAGGUGCGCGCGAGCACACACACACACACACACACACACACGAAUUAUUAUUAUUAUGUUUCUAUCAAAGUACCACUGAAGAUCCAAACCCUGUUCAGUACCUGAAUUUGAAAUGUAUAUUCAUUCCAAAUUGUUACUUUUGCUGAGAAAUUGCUCGCUUGCAGGAGUAUCGCCCCCAAAAAAUUUCUCCCUUCUAAAUUUCGAGUUGCUAAUUUAUUCAAGUACUUUCUUUGAGCAAUUCUUCCUUGCAAUUUCACCGAAAAGAAAUCUGUGGCCGUACGCAAACAUUCAUUUUAGUGCUUAGAGAACUGUGAAAGAUGAGUGGUUGGAAUUAAUGGUAUAAAUGGCAGUUGAGAAUAAUAUCGUAUUGCCUGUGUGAGCGAUUUAGGGCAAAUUCACAUUCCACAGAGCACUUUCACAUUUGCACUUUCACAUUUGCACUUUCACAUUUGCACUUUCACAUUUGCACUUUCA